AUAGCCAAAGGCGGCUUAUAUACAAAAAAACAACAUACAAAAAGGUUUAAUGGCGACAACAUUGAUGCGGCAGCGAUGGUGAUGUCUUUAUUUAAAGAUCAACAGAUGCACCAAUGCUCAAUCCAGUUCAAGCCGACCAAUCACUCAAAAUUCUGAAAAAUGGGGAUGAUUGUGCCGAGAAUCAAGCUGGGGUCUCAGGGCCUUGAGGUGUCCAAACAAGGCCUCGGCUGCAUGGGCAUGUCAGCUUUUCACGGGCCUCCGAAGCCCGAGUCCGACAUGAUCAAACUCAUCCACCACGCCAUCAACUCUGGCGUCACCUUUCUCGACACCUCUGACGCCUACGGCCCUCACACCAACGAAGUCCUGAUCGGAAAGGCUUUGAAAGGGGGAAUGAGGGAAAAAGUGCAACUUGCUUCCAAGUUUGCUGUAUUCCAUCAGGAUGGCAAAUGGGAAACUCGUGGCGACCCUGCCUAUGUCAGGCUGGCAUGCGAGUCCAGCUUGAAACGUCUUGAUGUCGACUGCAUUGAUCUGUAUUAUGUUCAUCGGAUUGACACAAGCGUGCCCAUUGAAAUCACGAUGGGGGAACUUAAGAAACUGGUUGAAGAAGGAAAAGUAAAAUACAUUGGCCUCUCAGAGGCCUCUCCUUCAACUAUUAGAAGAGCUCAUGCUGUUCAUCCAAUAACUGCUGUUCAAAUCGAAUGGUCGUUGUGGUCGAGAGAUGCUGAAGAAGAGCUGAUUCCUACUUGCAGAGAGCUCGGUAUUGGAAUUGUCCCGUAUAGCCCACUUGGAAGUGGCUUCCUUUCAGUCGGACCCAAGAUGUUCGAGACUGCUUCACAGGGCGACAUUCGUAAGGCCUUUUAUCCGAGGUUUCAUGACGAAAAUCUUGAGAGCAACAAGCUGAUAUACGAGAAGAUAUGUGUAAUGGCAGCAAGUAAAGGGUGCAGCCCGUCUCAACUGGCGUUAGCAUGGGUUCAUCACCGAGGAGACGAUGUGUCUCCUAUACCGGGCACCACCAAGAUCGACAACCUCAAGGACAAUGUCGGAGCGCUCUCUGUGAAACUGACUCGGGAGGAUAUGGCUCAGCUCUCUACUUUGGCUGACAACGUGAAGGGAGAAAGGUACGCUUCCAUGGCCAGAACAUGGAAAAACGCAGACACACCCCCGUUGGAAUCGUGGAAAGGCGAGGCCUGAUAAGCUCUGUUCUUUCCAUGUUUGGACUGCAAAAUCUACUUACAUCCUUAGAUCAGUUACUCUACUCCUUUGUUGCUGAAUGUGUGUUUGAUAAGUAUCCGCUUCCAAACAUAGUACUGAUCUUAUGUUUUCUUGCAUAGGCUUGUAAUAAUACUACUCUCUCCAUUUGCAAUUAAAUGUCUCAUUUU